AUGAACAGCAUCUCGGCCCUCUUCUGGAACUGCAGGGGAGCCCGUAAGAAGCAAACGGGCUACUACCUGCGAAGCCUCGUUAGUAAUAAUGAGGUUUAUUUUGUUGGGUUGACUGAAACUAUGAUUGAGGAUGUUAAUAGAUUUGAUGUGGACGGGAUUAUUAGGAAAAACUGGGAUUUCCUCCAUGUUCCGGCCAGUGGGCGUUCGGGGGGAUUACUUGCGCUUUGGAAAUGGGAUGUUGUUCAUUUCGAAGCUUGUUUGAUGUCAAUCAGUAAGGAUUACCAUUCCCGGCGGGCUCUCUGGAACGAUAUUGGCUCGCUAAUUAACGCUGAAGACCCGGUCCUUGUGGGAGGGGACUUCAAUUGUUGUUUGGCUCAAGAGGAGAAGAAGGGUGGCCGGUGCUUUACUUACUCGGCGGGGGCUCAAGAAAUGGCGAAUUUCAUGACUGAUAACGACCUCCAUGAUUUGGGGUUCUCGGGACCCAAAUUUACGUGGUCUAACAACAAGAGUGGAAGUAGUAAAAUCUGGGUGCGGUUGGAUCGUGUCUUGAUGAACUCAGAGGGGCUGCGUCUGGCCCCGAUGGCGUCUGUUAAGCACCUUAUCCGACUUGCCUCAGACCACUGUCCGCUUCUGGUGUCGCUGGAUUCUACGGCUCACGAUAGGGGAUCCAAAUGGCUGCGCUUUGAGGACAUUUGGCUGACCUAUCCGGCUACUUGGAAAUUGGUGUGGAAGAAUUGGACUAAGGCGGAUUUUGGUGACCCGGAUGACAACCUAAAUCAGAAGUGCUCGAGGACGCUGAGGGCACUGUUCUAUUGGAGCCGCAAUCGCCUCAAGGAGUUAGGGGAGCUUAAGUCCACGCUGGAAGACCGUAUAGCGUGGUUACAGGAGGUUGAGUGCUCGUCGGUCGGUCUGAUAGAGGAGCAGGAUGUUGAGCUUCGCCGCGUUGCGGGAGAGCUGAUUGCCACGUUGGCAAGGCUUGCUACGUGGUGGAGGCAGCGGGCCAAGACGAGAUGGAUUGAGUGGAAGGAGAGGCAGUUGAGCUUAAACGAUUGGCUAGAAUUCCGGGAGGGUGACAAAAUCCCCUCUCAAUUCUGUGAUGUGCUGGAGGCCGACGUCACGGAGAUGGAGGUGCAGAAGGCGGUAUUCAGUCUUGGUAACAACCGCUCCCUGGGGUCUGAUGGUAUUACUGCUUCCUUCUUAAAAUUUUACUGGGAAAUUAUCAAGGGUGAUGUCACUCGUGCCAUCAUCCAUUUUUUUUGUACUAAUACUAUGUGUGAGAGUUGGAAGGAAACUUUGGUGGUGCUCAUUCCUAAAACGGUCAACGCCAAUCAGCCGGCCAAGUUCCGACCGAUCAGCUUGUGUCAAAGCUUCUAUAAAGUGGUGGCUAAAGUGUUGAUCAACCGGUUGAAGCCUGUGCUCAGUGCUAUUAUCGGGGAAGAGCAGGGGGCAUUUGUUCCGGGCAGAAGUAUUAUUAGCCACGGCCUGAUUGCCCAGGAGGUGAUGGGUAAAUUCAAAGUCUUUACACAAAAAUCCGGUCUUAUGGCUUUGAAGGUUGACAUGGAACAAGCCUACGAUUGUGUGGCUUGGGAAACUCUGGAGAAGGCAGAGGGGGUGGAGCUUGGAAUCCAAGUUGCUAGACAAUCGGAGAGGAUCUCACACUUACUGUACGCCGAUGACAUAUUGAUUUUUGCUGAGGCUUCGCGGUAUAAUGCGAAGCUAAUUCUGAAGCUUCUGGCGGAGUACUGUAACUGGACCGGGCAGCGGAUUAAUUGUGGUAAAUCGACGGUGUUGUUUAACAGGAAAUGCCCUCGGUGGAGACAACGGCUAAUGGCUAGAAGCCUGGGAUUUCGGAGGGUGCAUUCCUUUGAUUACCUGGGCCUGCCGAUGGUGUUACAUAGGCUUAAUAAAGCUGACUUUGGAGGGUUGAUCAAAGGCACCCAGGAAAAGUCACUUGGAGAUCGGACAGAAUUCCGGCGUCACUUGGAGGUUGGGGGAAAUUCUAGCAUCAUUUGCAUGUCAGGCGGAAUUCCAAUGUCACUAAGAGUUCGGGUGAAACUCCAGCAUCACUUGGAGAUCAGGCGAAAUUCCAGCGUCACUUGCAGGUUUGGCGGAAUCCCG